ACUCUAUGUAUUUGCAAAAUGUCAGAAUUUCAUAAAUUGUAUAAACUGUGUCAAGCUUCAUUUAAAUUAAUAUCUUUAAAUUUAAAAAAUUGCCGAAAAUAUAUAAAGGCCAAUAAAGUGGAAUUGUUUGUGCUUUAUAAAUAAAGGUUCAAGAAAAAUAUGUCAAUAACAACAUUAUAUUACUUACAAUUAAAAAAAGAAAAUGCGCAUGACGAUUCAAUUUGGUGUUGUGGAUGGAGUCACAUUGGAAAAGAGAGCCAGAAAAAUGACGAAAACACUGAAAAUAACGAAAAUUCUCAAGACUCUAACCACUCCCAAGCGACAACAGAAAACUAUAUAAUCACUGGUGGGCUUGAUGAUUUAAUAAAAGUGUGGCAACUUGAAGAUGGAAAAUUAGAAAUGAAGCAUCAGUUGGAGGGUCAUUCACUAGGUGUUAUAUCAGUUGCAGUCAGUCCUGAUGGGAAAACUAUGGCUACUAGCUCUCAAGAUUCCUCAUUGAUAUUAUGGGAUAUUGCAUCUGGAGAAAAAUUGAAGAUGAUGGAGACAGGCCCCACAGAUGUAUGGACAUUGGACUUUUCUCCUGAUGGAAAGCAUGUGAUAUCUGGCAGUAAUGCUGGCAAGAUAUUAAUAUUUAGUGUUGAAACUGGUAAACAAGAACAGACCUUAGAUACUCGUGGCAAAUUCACACUCAGUGUGGCUUAUAGUCCUGAUGGUAAAUAUAUAGCAAGUGGAGCUUUAGAUGGUAUAAUUAACAUAUUUGAUGUCGCUCAAGGCAAACUAGUCCACACUUUAGAAGGGCACGCCAUGCCUAUCCGUAGCCUCUGUUUCUCACCAGAUUCACAACUUCUACUUACUGCAUCUGACGAUGGACAUAUGAAAUUAUAUGAUGUGGUUCAUGCAAAUUUAGCUGGUACAUUAUCAGGUCAUGCAUCUUGGGUGCUGUCAGUAGCAUUUUCACCUGAUGGCAAGCGUUUUGUGUCUGGAAGUGCUGACCGAACAGUUAGAGUUUGGGACCUAGACAGUAUGCAAUGCCAAAAUGUAUUUAAAGAACAUAGCGACCAGGUUUGGGGAGUUAAGUUUAAUGCAGAUAGUAAUAAAAUUAUAUCAGUAUCUGAAGAUAAAAGCGUAAAUAUAUAUGACUGCCCAUUGUAAUUUAUAAGUUAAUUAUUUACAUAUAUUUUUAAAUAAAAAUAAAAAGCACAGUGUUUAUUAA